ACUCUAGGGAGGAGUAUGGAGCGGGGUUGACCCGGAAGAGGAUGUGUGGGGUGGAAGUGGCUGUCUGUUGCUGUGUACCUGGGUUUGGAACGCGCCAGGCGGCGACGUGGGGGCAGUUAGUUUAUCAUGUCGAUAGAAAUCGAGUCCUCGGAUGUAAUCCGACUGAUCAUGCAGUAUCUUAAGGAGAACAGCCUGCACCGUGCCUUGGCCACGCUACAAGAGGAAACCACAGUGUCGCUGAACACAGUGGACAGCAUUGAGAGCUUUGUGGCAGACAUUAACAGUGGCCACUGGGACACAGUGCUGCAAGCAAUACAGUCAUUGAAGCUACCAGACAAAACACUCAUUGAUCUCUAUGAGCAGGUCGUUUUGGAAUUGAUAGAGCUUCGUGAACUGGGUGCUGCCAGAUCACUCCUGAGACAAACUGACCCAAUGAUCAUGUUAAAGCAAACCCAGCCAGAGCGUUACAUUCACCUUGAGAAUCUUUUGGCCAGGUCCUAUUUUGAUCCUCGUGAGGCAUACCCAGAUGGGAGCAGCAAAGAGAAGCGGAGAGCUGCCAUUGCCCAAGCUUUGGCUGGUGAAGUCAGCGUGGUGCCUCCAUCUCGUCUUAUGGCAUUGUUGGGACAGGCACUGAAAUGGCAGCAGCAUCAAGGACUGCUUCCUCCUGGUAUGACAAUUGAUUUGUUCAGAGGCAAAGCAGCUGUUAAAGACGUUGAAGAGGAAAAGUUCCCUACGCAACUGAGUAGGCAUAUUAAGUUUGGCCAGAAGUCUCAUGUGGAGUGUGCUCGAUUUUCUCCAGAUGGUCAGUAUCUGGUCACUGGCUCUGUUGAUGGAUUCAUUGAAGUAUGGAACUUCACCACUGGAAAAAUCAGGAAGGAUCUGAAGUACCAGGCUCAGGAUAAUUUCAUGAUGAUGGAUGAUGCCGUGCUGUGCAUGUGUUUCAGUAGAGAUACUGAAAUGUUAGCAACUGGAGCACAAGAUGGGAAGAUCAAGGUGUGGAAGAUUCAGAGUGGUCAGUGUCUGAGGCGAUUUGAAAGAGCACACAGUAAAGGUGUCACCUGCCUGAGUUUUUCAAAGGACAGCAGUCAGAUUCUUAGUGCCUCUUUUGACCAGACAAUCAGGAUUCAUGGCUUGAAAUCUGGGAAGACUCUCAAAGAAUUUCGUGGUCAUUCGUCCUUUGUUAAUGAAGCCACUUUUACACAGGAUGGGCACUACAUUAUCAGUGCUUCUUCUGAUGGCACUGUGAAGGUUUGGAAUAUGAAGACUUCGGAGUGCUGUAACACCUUCAAAUCACUUGGCAGCACAGCCGGGACAGACAUCACUGUGAACAGUGUGGUUCUGCUGCCUAAAAAUCCAGAACACUUUGUCGUUUGCAACAGAUCAAAUACAGUCGUCAUUAUGAACAUGCAGGGACAAAUUGUGAGAAGCUUCAGCUCUGGUAAGAGGGAAGGUGGUGAUUUUGUCUGCUGUGCCCUUUCUCCUCGAGGCGAGUGGAUCUACUGUGUGGGUGAAGACUUUGUGCUCUACUGUUUCAGCACAGUGACUGGCAAGCUGGAGAGAACUCUGACGGUUCAUGAAAAGGAUGUUAUUGGCAUUGCUCACCAUCCCCACCAGAACUUGAUUGCUACCUAUAGUGAAGAUGGGCUGCUGAAACUGUGGAAACCAUAAACUGAUUUUUAAUUCCCUCCAGUCCGUGCAUCUUGGAUGCAAGGAAAGGGUGUGUUAUGGGGUGGUUCUUUUCAGUUCCUAGGAGGUCCAACAGUUAUUUUAACUGAGUAUAGAUUUCAUAUUUGAAUGUCCCAAAAGAGAUAUAUGUAUUGCUUUUCAGAUAAGUGUUGUUAUAAGAUAGUACACUAUGUGCUAGUUAUGUGCCCAGGUAGCAAAAGCAGUUUGGUGCAAAGAAAAAACUGUUCCUUUAAGAUGUGUUUCUUAUCUGCUGCUUAUUAUGGAAAUAAACUAUAAAUCAGUUUAUUUUUAUUGAAUGGAAGUGAAAUGGAAAGAUGCUUCUGGCUAAGGCAAAAUUAAGAAAAGCAAAACUUUGAGUGUUAACCUCUGAAAUUGUCUUCAUCAAAGUUUUAUGUCUUAACAGUCCCUGUCCUUCACUUGCAACAUGGAAUUAAGGUGCAUAGGCACAUUUCCAGCCAAAGCACUUUUAACAUCCCAUCAUUUUUAAUGGGAAUGUUAAGCAAAAAUAUGGCCCAUUGAAAGGCAUGGAACAUCAAAGCAUUUAACUUUGGCUGAGUAGUGUCUCAUGUUUUUCAAACUAAGUUGUAAUAUCUAGUGAGUAAAUCUUCUGAACUACUCAAAAUGAAUCUAGCGACAUUCUUGUGGCUUUUUCUGCUCCGGGCAAUAUGUUCUGACUUUAUUCUCCUUUUAGAAUAUAGAUUUGUCCUGAUUAGUUUAGAAGUUUUAUAGGCUUUUUGAUGUCCCAAAAGAUGUCUGAGCUUUAGUUAGACUUAUUGUCCUAGUAAAUAAGCUUCAUCCAGCUAUUUUCAGAAGUGACAAGUCUUGAUCUGAAGCCUCCUUGAACUACUAUUAAACUUGUUUUCAGUGGUCA